UAAAAAUAUAUCAUUAUGGCUGGAACACAAGUACAAUUACCACAGAACCUCACUACCUURCAACAAGUGGAAUUAGACAUGAUGGCAGAUAUGUAUGGUCGUAUGACUGAAACAUGCAGAAAGAAAUGUGUCAAGCCAGAACAUAAGGCGGGCGAACUGAAUAAAGGAGAAAGUGUAUGUUUGGAUAGAUGCAUCGUCAAAUAUUUCCAAAUGCAUGAGAAUGUCGGCAAAAAUUUAAGACUUGAUUUUAAUGCAAAAUAAUUGUAUCCAUAGAACAAUUUAGUGGAACUCAUAAUAUGAUAGAAAAAAAAAUGUAUUAAAAUUUGUUAAGUACAAGAUCUAAUUGAUUGUAAGUCAGGUUGAAUAUUUGAGAUUGAAAAAUUGUUUAUUUUAUAAUGUACUAAACUGGUUAGAAUAAUAAUUGUAGAUUCCUAAUAGGGUCUUAGAUAUUAUAUUAGUCUUCAAAUUAUCUAAGAGUUUUAAUAAAAGGAUAAACUUUUCAA